AUGGCUGGUUUUAGCAACUACGGUGAUAACGUCGAUAUAGCUGCCUAUGGCUCUAGAAUCUACACCGGUGCUGACAGAUUUUCCUCGGGCACAUCUUUCGCCUGUCCUAUUGUCUCUGGAGCAGCCGCGAUCUUGCUUUCUAUGGGCGUUAAGCCAAAGUACGUUGCUGGGAUACUCACCCACAAUGUUGAUCGGUUCGGUAGCCCGUCGAGGCCCAUGAGGAAGCAUGCCGGAGCUCUAAACCCGCUAAAAGCUGUCAAUAUGGCGAUCGAUUAUCCCAUUUUGAGACGCUAA